ACUACCUUCCGGCACAUAAAAUAUCGUCACCUUGUCCGUUGAAAAUUGCUUCCGUUCCGCCCACAAGAUUCAGCAUAGUCAAAAGUCAGAAAAUUAUUUUGAAAUAAAGUCAAAAUAAAAUUAAAUAAAGAGAAAAUUACAUAUUUCAAACGUAAAAUUAUAAAAGUGACCAAUGGCGACCAGACGCGUGCCGGCGGACGAGAGUAGAGGCAAUCAAAAUACGCGCGCACGCACAUCGCUUUAUACUGACGGUUUUGUUGAAGCCAACGAGCAGAGUUAUGAAAGCGCCGAUUCGGCACGUGGUGAGCAUACGCAACGUGCGGCGGAAAGAUAUAAAAAUAAUAAGAGCAAAACAAGAGGAAAAUAUUAUGAGGAUGAUGCUGGUGCAAGUGAAGGGGAGGAUUUUUCAAGAGUGCAAAACAAGAAGCAAGCAAGCAGAAGCCACGAAAAGGGCAAGCAUUGUGUUAGGACUGAACGAAGCUGUGAACCGGGAUAUGCCAAAGGUAGUAACAGUGCUACAGAAACUGAAAUGGGAACCGAUGCAGCAGCUAUUACGACGUGCAGCUAUAAAAGUAGGCAGCGACGAAAAUUUAACCUAGAGAGAUUACUUGAUGAUGUGGUGUGCAAUUCAGACUACGUAAGCGAUCCGAAAUACAACCGCAAUGCGGUGGGCGGAAACAGAUAUGUGACCGUCUCAGAUGACUACAAGCCACUACUUCUCACCGAUUCAGAAGAAUGUAAACAUAAACGAAGUACCGCAAGACGAACGCGAUCAGCGUCACCACCGCCAACCCCUCAAACGCUAGAGAAAGUGCGGCCUAUGCAUACACGGCUACCCCUUGCCUCAGCGACUCAAGAAUAUGUACCGAAGCAAGUCGUGCAAAUUGGCGUAUAUGCGCCACUUCCAACACUACUGGCGCCGGCCACAUAUUCCACGUUAAAUUCAUUCGUGCCGUACAAUAGGCAAGGACCAUAUGCAGCCCAACCAGCACGUCAAAUCAUAUUACCUACUAUACAAGCGUUGGGAUACGUGGAACAAAAUAAUGUACAGGAUUAUGCGCUUCCCGAACCACCACCACAAGUGGAUAACGUCAUAACAAACGACAACCUCGUUAGUGUAACUUAUACAGCUCCACAGCCAACCCAUUUGAACCAGGAAAACGGCGAGCUCAAAAGCUCUCAAAACUCGAACGAACGGCCAAUGCUGAAUACGAACGUAUUAACGGAUUCCAGUACGAGACCCAUUGGGAAUAAUCGGGCUGUCGAUCUAGAGGAAGAUAUUAGUAUACGAGCACAUAUACAAAAUUUUAAUUAUACAAUCAACAGUGGGCGAGCCAACGAGAGGAUUUCGAACGGCAGAGAUAAAACGGACGACGAAGAUAAAGCAAAUGGGUAUGAAAACACAAACGAUAAAGACAAAAAUUAUGGAGAGGCUGACAUUAAUUGGGAAAAUAAACCGCGGAAAGUUGAAAGACCGAGCAUGAGAACAACGCACGGGGAAGAAGAAAGGAAUAGGCAUGAAAAGACGUACGAAACCAAAGAGCUACAUAGCGAAAAUGAGAGCAAUAGAAAGAAGUUUGCUUCAAGAAAAGACGACAGCCAGCCAGAUACGUUAGAUGAGAGCCAAAGUGGAGGAGAGACGAGUAGAUGCUCUAUACGCGAAUGUAAACGAAAAAAACGAAAAAGGAAGAAUAAUAAAUGUUCUGAAAAACAUCGCUCCCUUAGCAAAAAAAGAAGGCAUUAUCGAAAGGAGUCCAAAAGAGAGAGCUCACAAUCUCCGAAUCAUCCCAGAUAUAGUGAAAUGGGCAAGCGAUACAAAUAUUAUGAACACCACACAACUACGGGGAGCGAGAGUGACGACGAAUUGGAUUGCAGUUUUAGUAGAACAUCAUGUAAAGCGAUUAAGAAGUGUUGUAGUCGUAGGCUGGCGAUUUGUCGAACAGCAAGGGCUGCAGCAGGCACACAAAGGGACCAGUGUUGCGAUUACGAGCAAAAGACGCCCGUUGCAAAAGUCAACCAAUUGGAUAAUGAUAUUCAAAAAAGUAUAAUUGAGUGUUUAGCAAAUGCCGACCAAAAGGCUGUACGUAAAAUUAUAGAAUUGAAUAGGGAUAAGAAGCGGUGCAAAGUUUGUACCUGCGGCAUAGUUGGAGAUAACGGCACACCGGUAAUGAAAAACGAUAUGAUAAUACUUAAAUUUGAAGAAGACGAUUCAUUGGCAGCACAGCAGAGGCUGUACACCCGACCUAGAAGUUUAGACAAGGCGACGAAUUGCAAAUGCGAGGUUACAGAUGCCGAGUCAGAAAUCGUUAGAGAGCUGAUCACAAAGAAACAGCUGCAUGAGAAAACACGGAGGUACUUGGCUCAGUACACCAAUAGCUCAAGUGAUUGUUUGACGAACUACGUAUGUGAGGAUGAGCAAGAAGUUGAGCCCGAAUUUAUGCAGGAUUUACUAAGAAAGCAGCGCAGAGAAAGAAAUGCACAAAACAAUAGUGAAGAUUACGUACGUGAACACCUAGCAAAUGUGAAAUGCCUAAAAGAUACUUUCCCAGCUACGCAAGAACCAGAAAUAGUUCACAUGGAUUCAAUCGAAACAGUAGCCAAAUUAAGAAAUAAAAGUUAUGUAGAGAGUGAGAGCAGGUGUGCCUGCACGCCAAAGAAAGAUUUGGAAAUAACUCAAAUGAGACUGCUACCAAUAAAAAGAAACACCGGAAUAAGCGAGAAAUCUGAGACGCGCUCGGGCCAUUACACCCACACGAGCUCUGAGAGAAUGUUUAGCUGUAAGCCGAGCAAAGAGGAGUUGGAGGCACAAGGAGCUACGUAUGUGAAUAGUAAGAGAAUUAAGGAUCGAGAAAUGAGAGCAAGCUACGAGGAGAGUAUUGUAAAUUACACUUGUCAGCCCAGCAAAAAUGCAUUCGGUGUACGAAGAACAAAGCCAGUGACGAGCAAGAGAGCUACUCUGUCGCCUAGAGACAGUUCCGAUGAUAUUAUUUCCAGCGGAUCACGAGUAGACAAACAAAAUGAAGUGGCAGAACGAAAUAACUCUAACAGAAAUGAGAUCGAAGCACCACAAGCGAAUUCCGCGAAGAGCAAGUGGGCUAUGGAUAGAGAAGUAAACGGCAGCUACGUGGAGGAACUAAGCAGAAACGUACGUGGAGAUAAAACACACGAACAUCAAAAAAUUACACCCAAAUCCUAUCUAGGCAGUGCGCCACAACAGCCUCUUUUCACCGACUUUAAACCCAGAGCUUGUAGGGCAAACUGCGCUUGUAUCGAAACGAGUAGAUCCACAUCCGAAUUUUGCAUGGAGAAUGUAGCGAAUUACAUAAGGGAUUACAAAACGAAAGCAACAAGAAUUAUUCCAAAAAAAGCAAAUACCGAAAGGAUACCACACACAACCCGCCAUACUAAUGAAGGAAUCCAAAGAUGUAAUACAGAUUGCGUAUGUAAGGAAAUAGAUGAAUCGGACUCGGAUGAAAAUCUAGUCAGAUAUGCUAGUGAUUGCGACGAAAACAUUAUGGAGCGGCGAACGUCGACUGGCGACAAUACAAAAGCUACUAAGAAAUCAACGGCUAACUGCACACUAAGCACUAAUCCCGAAUCAAAUAAAAACUCAGAAAGGAAAAUGCAUAAUAGCAUACCCAAAGCAAAAUUAAGUUCAAAUUCAAGCGUGGAGCAACGAAGAGCCGCACUGUGUGCUGAACUCACACUGAACGAGCUACUACCAGAGCACUCAUUGAGAACACUACUCACCAAACUCUCCAGCCCAAAUGGCAAACUUUUCUACAUAGACGAUCGACAUUCAGUACCUGCAGAGAACAUGCGAAUAUUUGCGCUGGAUGAGAGUAAGUUGUUGAAUUUAAAAGAAGUUGGCAAUGGAAAAGUGAGUCCCACAAUGUUUAUGUCGCAAUCAAUAAGAAUGGCUGGCAAAGAAGUAGACGGGACACCGAAUAUCGGCUUUCAGCCGCUGUUGGUUCACAAAAAGAGGCGGCUAAAGGUAUGGAAUAGCGCACCGUCCUUGACCACAAGCCAAGUGCAAAUAGCCACAGGAAACAGUAAAACCAAUUUUCAACGCCCGCACAACACUGAGCAUCUAACAAAUAUAAAUGACAGCGCUUUACACACCAUCACAAGAUCUACCAUGCAAGUAGCUAAGGAAGCACGUCUGCCACUCCCCGACACAAGUCACUCUUCGGGUUGUUCGGACCAACCGAAACCAAUGUCAAAGAGUGAAAGUUCUGAGGUGCGCUCAAAUACACGACCUAUCAUAAGUCAAGUGAGUGACUCGAACCACCGAAUCACGCGACUUUGGCCCGAACAGUCUGCUGUGCAACAAACAAAUCGCGAGAAGGAGCUUGCCGAAAACAAAUCAACGUAUGGCGACACUGAUAGGCGACAGCUAAAGAAAGCGAAACAUGUAAGGCAACAGCUAGCAAUGGAAACGAAUGUGAAAUCACAGUCCCAUGUUGAAUUUGGCAUAGCAAAUAACGACAAAUUUGGUCAUAAAACUGCGCGCUCUCCGCCGGAAAGCAGCACAUACAUGGCGUUUAAAGACGACGCGAGCGUGGCAAACACUGGGCACAAGAAGAAACGCAGCAGUUUGCCCAUACAGAAUGCGCCUUUAGAUAAAGUCAAUAUACUUGCACCAGCAAAUCGUCGUCGCCGCGCAAAAGAGUCGAGUGCGUCAAACGAAAGUGAUGCCUCUCAGCAACAAAGUAAACAGAGAAAUUCGCUAAGAAGAGUGAAAACUAGAAAGACCAGCACCGAAAAACGUUUAAAAACGCCCUCAGAGCACAGCAUAAAGUACGUCAAACGUCUACAUAGUCCAACAACGAGUCUGUCAGAAAUAUUCAAUAAGAAUAAGCAACGCGUUACGCGUUCUAGCAUUUCGGAUGAUGAACAGAUGGAUUCAGAUAUGGAUUAUAUAUCAGUGCAAUAUGAGAGCAGUGACAGCGAUCUUCAAUAUCGGGUUGAUUUGGAAAGAAAGAAGGAAUUAUGGAGAAAAGGCACAGUACGAGAAGCGAUUGAGGUUGAAGAGGAGACUGAACGCGCAAGAAACCUGCAACGCACAACGCUUACAGGCGAAUGCUUGGAACGCGCUAUUCACUAUCCGACAGGCGUGUGGAAUGAAGAGCGCAGGCAGCUUAAUUUGAAGCGAAAUAGCGCUGGAAUAUUUGGGCCUUUUUGAUGUAUAUCUAUUUUUUCUUUUCGAAUAAUAUUGUCGUUCUGCAUAAGCUAGAUGAUUGUUAUUGUUAUGUGAGAAAUGUAGUACGAGGAAGUUGAAAUUUGGAAGUAGAACCAAACCAAAAUUAAUUUGUGUGAAGAAAAUUGAAAUUUGUUGUACUUGCCCACAUAACAAUAAAAAUGGCUAGCCGAUUAACCAUUCCACAUAUUUGUAAUUAUGCGUUUGAAAAUGUACAAUAAAAAUUUUUUUUACUCGUA